AUGUCGCCAACCCUUCUGAAGAGGCACAUGAGGGUGGGUCAACGCCCAGUGGUCAACAAUGAGCCCUGGAUGUGUCUACAACUCUCUGCCACUGCGAAAGAGGUCAUGAUGGUCGAGGGCUCCACAAUUCACAGCUGCUGGAAACACCACAAAGGACAGCGAUCGCAGUUCAACAUCGCGCUGCUGAAGUUGCCACAGAAGUCCAGACAGCCUGUGCCACGCAUCCUAUCCGAUGAGUUCCUUCUAUACACAGGACAAAGAUUGAUUGCCGCUGGAUAUGGCCCCAAUGGCGAUGUCCCAGCCCUUGGAGCCUCCAUCUUUGGCCAGAUGAGAUUGGAGCCGCAGGAAUUCAUCGAUGGGGAACGUUGCAAUGGGACGAUGUUGUGGGAUGGGUCGAUCGAGGAGAACACGAUCUGCGCUCUGAACAAUGAACGGAAGGCGUCCUGUGUUGUUGAUUCAGGAGCCCCGCUGCUUCUGCUGGACGCCCCUGGCUACGACAUUGAGUCGGGGUCACCAGCCUUCGACUUCCUCAUCGGCCUGAACAUCGAUGGAGCGCCCUGCGGUGUGUCGGGCAAGCCGGACGUGUACCUGGACAUGAGGCAGCACGGAGAGUGGCUCCGUCAAAUCCGCAGAGGGGCACAUGACGAACUGUAG